GCUUGAGAACUACAAGUACCAGAUGCGAACGUUAAACGUCCACUGAACGUACACAGUUCGGUUUGUUUUAGUUUAUCCUGAUAGCGCUUUGUCACGAGGCACCAAAGUCCACUGCAGUACGCUAACCUGGCCGUUGUACAUCUUUGACUAACUGUCCAAACGUGGAGCAACUCCACCCAGGUCUGAGUUACGCCACCCCCUUUCAGGGGCCGCCGUCUGCCUCGUAGCUGCGAUAACGCAUUCGAGAAACUAACCUGCUAGCUAGCAAGCAAGCUAAGAAUUCACCCAUGUCCUCUGAAGAAGGGUUGAGCUCUACGAUCACAGAUUGGUUUUUUAUCAAUUCCUGGUGGCUCCUUCUCCCGUUCGUUAUGAUUCUUGUGAUUGCUGCCUUCAUCGUGGCUUUUGUGUUGCUGCUCUACAUGAUAUCCCCCCUUAUUAGUCCCAAGCCUCUGAAACUCAACGGGGCCCACGUCGUGGUUACUGGAGGCUCCAGCGGGAUUGGGAAAUGCAUUGCAGUGGAGUGCUAUAGGCAAGGAGCAUUCAUCACCCUGGUGGCACGAGAUGAGGAAAAAUUACUCCGUGCAAAGAAAGAGGUGGAGAAAUUUGCCAUCAAUGACAAGCAGGUGGUGCUCUGCGUCUCGGUAGAUGUUUCCAGUGACUACACUCAGGUGGAAAAUGUAAUAAAACAGGCUCAGGAGAAGCUUGGCCCCGUCGAUAUGCUUGUGAACUGUGCCGGAACAUCUGUUUCUGCAAAGUUUGAGGAAAUUGAGGUGGAGCGUUUUAAAGAAAUGAUGGAGCUGAACUACCUGGGCAGCGUCUAUCCAACGCGAGCGGUCAUCACCACCAUGAGAGAGCGACGGAUGGGCCGCAUCAUGUUUGUGUCCUCCCAGGCUGGCCAGAUCGGUCUGUUUGGAUACACCGCCUACUCCCCUUCUAAGUUUGCCCUGCGGGGCUUGGCGGAGUCGCUGCAGAUGGAGGUAAAGCCAUACAAUAUCUAUGUGACUGUGGCAUUUCCCCCGGACACUGACACUCCACUGCUGGCUGAGGAGAACAAGUCAAAGCCCUUAGAAACCAAGCUCAUCUCUGAAACCUCUGGAAUCUGGCAACCAGACCAAGUGGCAAAGAUCCUUGUCAAAGACGCAGUGCAAGGAAACUUCAACAGCUCGGUUGGUCCUGAUGGCUACAUGCUGUCAGCCCUCACCUGUGGGAUGUCCCCCGUCACCUCCAUCACAGAGGGUCUCCAGCAGAUCGUCACCAUGGGCUUAUUUCGGACCAUCGCCCUCUUCUACCUGGGGAGUUUCGACAGCAUCGUGCGGCGCUGCAUGAUUCAGAGGGAGCAGUCCAAAGCGGCGGACAAAAGGGAGUAGCAGCAGCCUUAAUGCCCCCCCACCCUCCACAGCCCCUUCCUCCAGCCCCUUUCUCCAGUCAUACAAGUGCACAGCCGUAGAUGGGAGUAUGAUGGCCAAGUCCAGUGCGUUUUAUAUCAGCUAAAGAGUUAAGAGGGAAGACAGGAAAAGGGGUUUACCUGUUGCUUUUCCCGCGCCGCAGCUUUCCCCCCCCUCCCAGAUUCUAACUGUUUCGGGUUUCACUCCUCUCAGAGCAUUAAGCCAACAUUUGGUUUAAUGCGUUCCUUUGCUUCUUAUGUGAGAGCCGCCUUACUGGAAGGGAAUGAGGGCAGACUAAACAUCCCAGAGCCAGGAUUUAAAGUAGGUAGUCACCGUCAACCACUGAUUGACAGAUAUCAGGCUUUCCCUGCCUCGAUUUGCACAGUGCUGUUUCUUUGUUUCCCCCCUCAGAGAGGAAAAGCAGCAGAUGGCCUGUUCAACUAGUUGUGCCAAAUAUGGCUUUGAGUUUCUUUGCCCUCAAAGGAUGUAGUGAAACACGGAGGUUUAACUCUCACAUUCAGUCAUAGUGUUUGCGUGUAUCAGAAAACUCUCUCCACUUUUUACUGAGAAUUUUACAAGACUGCAGUUCUCGAUUUCUCUCCGUACCACAAGUCUUUGCUGGCAAAGCACCUUCCCUUUUUUGAGUAAAUGACCUGUGUGUAUCAGAAAACGUUUGUGACCCUCAGCGUUUUGUUUAUGCUGUGGGAUGAUUUGUUUCUGUCCAUGUGGGAACCAAGCUGUGAAGGGAGACAACAGUGCUCUACACUGGGAUCAGAGAGUGGGAGAGUGUGUCGCGUUUUCAGCCUUUAUCAUUUUUACUGAGGCAACAACUCCCACUAAAUGCUAAUUUCGGACACUGUGCACGCAGCGCUGAGGACAGACAACCGUAGGUGAGCUGUGUGCGUGAAUGUGUGUUUUUACUACGACUGAGCCAGCCCCCCAACGGGAGUCAAAAGCCAUUCGAAUUUUGAUAGACACCAAACUAUUUUCUCGUCAUUCCAAAUAGAGAGGAAGGCAGGCGGCGAGCCGAGGCCGCCGAGUCAUACUAGAGGGAGAAAAAGCAGCACACCAUUUCAUCAUCUGCACAUUCCAUACAUCUCACCCCCCCCACCCGAAAUCCUGCCAGGACCCACUUUUUGUCAGGGCAGAGAACGACUCGCUGGAUCGAGUCGUGUCUCUGAUGUGGAUUUAGUUUUACCCGAAGGUCCAAACACUAGAGGGGCGGGCUCGAAUGUGUGACCCCCGUCCCCGUGGUUUUGACACCCUGUCAAGCGCAGCUGUGACUUUGUUCAUUCCCCUAAAUUCCCGCUGAUUUCCCUCCAAGCCUUGAACAGUCCUGUGAAUAUUUGUGCUGUGCGCUGACUUGUGCAAGUCUUCCUUGGGUCCAUUGUGGGGGGGAAUGUUAUGCGGGGCAGACCAAUCAGGAAGUCUGAAUUUUGUUGUGAGGUCCAACCAUAUAGAGAUGUGACAAUAUGUUUAGGCAGCGUCCUUAGAUGCGAUGCCUCCGUCAGGGGGGGGUCGCGGCUUUAUUGGUCUUGGAUUGUAACAAAGUGUGGAGCGGAGCCGUUCUAAGCCUUAAGGUGAGACUACUGGUGAGGCCAACGCUAGGUAAAUGGAACCGUGGACAGCACAGUGGCUCGACCCACACGUGGUUUGCUACAUUAUUUAAUGACUUUGUCGUACAAUGUUCUGUACUUGAUCCGUUUCUAGUCUCUGAAGAAGAAGCCUUUCUAGAAGUCCAAGAUAUGAAAGUGAGAAUGCAUGACUCGUGGCUGAUGAUGUUCUCAUUAGAUAUUGGUUAAAGGCACACUGUCCUACACCCAAACCUUUCAUUAAUGUUCCUUUAAUGCUUUUUAACCCGCCCCAUCCUCCGCAAGAAAAAAAGUAGCAGCACAUAGUUUAAAGAACAUGUAGCUCAUGUUAAAGCAGUUCUGUUUGAACCCCUUUAAGCUAUGCAACUGGAGCCUGGGCUUUCAGUAAAUACAGCGGACAUAAAGUCCAGCACUCACUAACUCACCCCACUGGGUGUCACUGGUAAGAAACACUGAACAUAAAAGUCAUGCUGCGAUCAUUUGUUGGUUUCAGUUUUCUCUGUUUUUUUUUUUUUUUUUUCUUUUGCCAAAACAAAACGAACACUUUCACCUCGUGUGCCAUAGAAAGAAUGUGAUAAGUGGAAGGUCUGUCUUAUUUUCUUAAAUGAUCAACUAAAUAAAUGCCUGUAAGUAAAGC